AGUGAAAGAAUGAAUUUUGGCUUGUACGGCCCCUCAUAGUAAACUGAGAGAUUCUCACAUCUCUCAGACUUCCACAAUCUCACGCACACAGAGAGACACAAGGAUGAGCAGCGUAGUGAAAAACACUCCCCCAAUCUAGGUGAAAAAGUCAGGCAUCAAAAUAAUUUCAUUAUUUUCUCUUUCAUCAUAUUGAUUAGAUUUAAACUUGAUAAACUACUAGCAAAAUAACAUCUAAAUAAACUCAGUUUUAUCACUCUGCAUUGCGAUUCCCAUAAAAAGGCUGGAUGUUAAGUCCUUUUAUUUGUAUUAUUCCACAAUACAACAUUUGAGCAUGUUAAAUACGCCAUUCUAAAAACACAAACACUGAUUAAGCAACAACUUUCAGUCAAGAUUUAUAAAUUCUUUUUGCUUCUAAUUGUCAGUGAAUCUACUAGCUAUACACCAUAAUUCAGCAAGUCAAACUUAACAGUUGCAUAUUAUUUGCUGUUCGAGGGUGGGCUGAUGACUGUGACAGAAAAUAGUGGCAAUUUAUAUUUUUCUUAGUAUUUAUGAGGAUUAAAGAUGGUAUUAAUUAAGAAUUUUUUUUAAAGUGUUCAUCACCCAACAUCAUUUCACUCCCUUGUUUAAAAAAAACAAAAAAAAAAGACCCUUGCUCUGAGGAAGGUUGUUAACUGUCUGCCAGUCACUCCCAUCUGCGCUGCACAAACACCUCCUCUUCCUGCCUUUCUCAGUUCUCCGUUCUGCUUUCCCCUGCACCCACUUUACUCAUGUUGGAUUUACCUUUCUAUUAUAUGUAUAGGUGCAGUUGCACCUGUGCAGUCUGAGCCACACAGUUCCAGUUUGUUUUUAACCGUAUCUGUUUGUGGACUUUGCUUUUUGCUCGAUUUCUUUUUUCCCGCCUGUUUCCUGUUUGUGUCUCACUGCUUACUUCGCAUCUCCCUCAGCAGCCUUUUCCUGCAUUACUUCUAACAAAAGUUUCAUUUCUUGGUCAUGGAUGAUUUUGUAAGAACCAAACUGGUUGAAUGGGGGCUAAGUGAGUGGGUGGAGAAAUUUGAAGAUCAAGAAAUUGAUAAAGAAAGUAUUUUUGAUCUUGAUGAUCGAGAAAUUGAGAAUUUGAUCACAAAAGCUGGACCAAGAGUGAAAUUCAAAAAGAAACUCAAGCUGUUAAAGUGUGAACAGGAGCAUGAAGAAGCAGCUGAUGUGGUUCAGGUCUUGCCAUCCACAAGUGAUACAGGAAAGAGAAAAUCAGACCUUCAAAGUGAUGCCAGCAGGUUGCAGUCACCAGCUAAGCGACAGCGUCUGUCUAUGUCAGGAUUUCCAGAAUCAAUCAUACUGUCUGAUGUGAAAAGCAUCAUGACAUUUGUACAUGCCAGACUAAAUGACGAAGACAAACUCAGUGCUUUCUUGAGGAAAAAGAUCAGUGAUUUGGAGACAGACAAGAGGGAGCUGGUUGGUGUCUUUGGUAAAACCGGGGCUGGAAAGAGCUCUUUGAUAAAUGCCAUCAUCAAAGAGAAGAAUCUUUUACCCUCAGGAAGUGUCAAUGCAUGCACCUCAGUCAUGAUCAAAGUGGAGGCUAACACACGUAGCUUAAAGUAUGAGGCAGAAAUCGAGUUCAUCACAAAGGAGGAGUGGAAAGAUGAGCUGUGGUCAUUUCGUCAGCUUCUUGACAAUAAUGAAAAUCAAGAAAAGGAAGAUAAUGAUGAUUAUCGUGAUGCUGUUGAAAAGCUGUCAGCACUGUAUGGACAAGAAUGGAGAAGGUCUUUUGAAAAUCCCAUGGACAGCAAAUAUUUCAAAGAAAUUCCAGAAUUUCUCCAAUCCAGGCGGAAGAUUUUGACAUGUGAAUCAGCUAAUGAACUCUCUGCAAAAUGUAUCAAGUACACAAGAAGUGAUUCAAAACAAGAAGAAGGUAAUGAAGGGAAAAAGUGGUUUUGGCCACUAGUGAAGUGUGUGACUGUCAAGGUGCCAAACAAGCCUCUUCUCCAGCAUGUCACACUUGUGGACCUUCCUGGAAAUGGUGACUGUAACAAGUGCAGAGAUCAGAUGUGGAAAGGGAUAGUUGGAGAUUGUUCUACUGUGUGGAUUGUGACUGAAAUUAAUCGAGCAGCAGCAGAGAAAGAGGCCUGGGAGAUCCUGGAAAGUGUCAGUAGUCUGAUUGGAAAUGGUGGCGAAUGUCAGCAAAUUCACUUUAUCUGCACCAAGUCUGAUCUUCUUGAUGAUUCAGAUGAUCUUUCAUCAGCUGAUAUCCAUGAUCAGAUAAUUAAAAGAAACAUUCAAGCCAAUGAUGGAGUAAGGAAAGAAUUCAACAAGCGAAGCAAGAUUAAAAAACACUUCACUGAUGACAGUUUCAAAGUGUUCACAGUGAGCUCCAAAGAGUUCCUAAAAGGGAAGCAUCUAAGUCCAGAAGAAACUGAAAUACCCAAACUUCAGGGAUUUUUGCAAGAGCUCAAUGACUGUCACUCUGAGACAGUAAACUAUGUGUAUGGAGCUUAUGGGAUUCUGUCUUUGAUUCAAGGAGCCAACUCCAGAGGAGUGAAAGUUAAAAAGGGCGAGGCGUAUGCAGAACUUGAGAGAAUCAUGAUCCUCCAACUUGAUAAUGUCAACAACGAAAUGGAAGACACCUAUACGGCUUUUAAAAAAUGCCUUGAUGAUGGCGUUGAGAAAUCCAAAUGUACAUUUGGAGAAAAACUCAAGAUCUUCUUGUAUCGUGGAAGGAACAGUGGUUUUUGCAGGGUACUGAAGUGUGUUGUUGAGAAUGGUGGCGUCCACAAACCAAAGAACGGGACUCUAAUAAACCUUAACAUGAAGUUGGCUUCAUGUCUGACUGACAGCAUUGAUGAAGAAUUCAGAAAAUUCAGAAAAUUGUGUUUUCCCGUAAGAAAACACAAUUUCUAAACAGUCACAUAAUAUUAUCCAAUAAUGAUAGGGCUACUGUGCUACUGCUGUUCCGAGUGUAACUACCGCCGAGGGGCGGUACAGAGGGGCACAAACGCAAGGCUCUGUUUGCGCCCCUCCCGUCUGUGCUCAGUGCAAACACAAGGCUGACGUGCAGUGUGAAGCGAAAAAAAGUGAGAGAGAAGGCAAGAGAAAAAAAAAAAAUCAAAAAAAAAUCCACGCCUCCCAAUAAGGAGCCGGGUCGCAUUGUUCACUUCAAAGAGUCUGCUCUAAGAGCCAUUUUGUUCGCGACCGACCCAUCACUAUUAUCCACGAUAUGUAAUUUAUAACAUAUGAUAUUUAUAAAAAAUAAAUCCAACUCUGCCAUUAAUAACCACAAUGUUUACAUGUUUUAGAAAUGACUCAGAAUGUGGAGCAUUCAACGGAGUCAUCAAGACUUUUUCACUUAACACCGAUUCUCUGAUUGAAAAGUACAAAAAUGCUGAACUGCAGCUCAGAUUUCUCAAGACAGAGG